UGGGGGCCCUCCUACCAUUGAGAUCUCUUUCUCCCCCUCCCAAACAGCGAACUGAGCCAGGGGUGGGGCUACUGGUCUUGCUCAGUACAACCUUCUGAUAUGCAGGAGAGGCAGCACAUGAAGCAGGCGAGACAAGGAAUCCUCAGGAAACUUUUCCAGAUCAGAGAUGUUUGGGCUAUUGGAAUCCUGCAGAGUGGAGUCAUUAGUAGUGGGGCCAUGAGUAGCCGAUGGGCCAGGGACAGGAAUCUGUGAGACACGGGGAAGAAAGAAGGUGUAUGGGCUACAUACUGGGACGACAGUUGAAGACACACAGUGAUACUGGGCUGAACAGUCUGAUUUAACGUUGGUUGCCCCCUACUUGCUUGGAACAUCAUGGACCCCUGUUGGACCUUAUUGCCCUACAUUGUGUUUGUGACUCUCCCCUUCAUGACUCCGUGUGGAGCUCAGAGCUGCCUCUCCAGGCCAAUACCAGACAUGACAAUAGCCAUCAAUAGGGAAGUGUUACAGACUGUGAGUAGCACCGACCCGCUCUACACCGCCGACCCGGAACAAUGUGCAGCCGCAUGCUGUGCACAACAUAAAAUCGCAGGUCACAAAGAUUGCAACCUCUAUAUUUUUGACACUCGUAAGAUCCAAAAACAUCUAAACUGUUACUUAUUUCACUGCCCGACACCGGAAUCCUGUCCCUUGAAAAGGUCUAAGGGAGUCAUGAGCAUCUGGAUGUUGCCAGAAAAUAAAGGUACCGGUAGUCACACUGAUGGACCAGUGAUCCAGGUGCCGGUUUCCAGUGAUCACAGCAAAGAAGAAAAGUCUGCAAGCAAGGGAACUGACAAUGGAUUCCACUCUCACGGUGAUAAAAGCCAGAUAUCAGAUCCCAAGGAACAAGCUGAGAGCUCAGAAACUGAAAAAUCUGCUUUCAGUGCUCAGUCACAAGAUGAUACAAGGGAUAGAGCAGAGCAAAACAAGCACCCUAACAGCUCCAAAGCCAAAGAAAUUGGCUCUGAUGUACAGUCUCAGGGUCACACAAUACCAGACCCUAUAGAGCACUCUCAUAGGUCUGAUUCAGAGGACUCCGAUAUACAGACACUGGGAGAUACAAGCCAGUUACCAGACCCUAUAGAGAACUCUCACAGCUCUGAAUCCAGAAACUCUGAUGUGCAGCCACAGGAUGAUAAAAGCAAGGCAACUGAUCCUAUAGUGGACUCUAAAAGCUCUGAAGACAGGCAAUCCGGUGUAAAAUCACAUGGUCAAAAGCAGAUAUCAGACCCUACAGAGAACUCUCAAAACUCUGAAGAGAAGAAAUUUGCCUCUAAUAAACAGUCACAGGUUGAUAGAAGCCAGCCAUCGGACUCUAUAGAAGACUCUCAAAGUUCUAAACCAAAAAAGACUGAUGUAAAGUCACAGGGUGAUAAAAAGCAGAUUUCAGACCCUACAAAGGACUCUCUAAGCUCUGAAGCCAAUGAUUCUGGCUAUGAAGGUACAAAACCCCAGACCCCCAACCUGAAAAAACCCUCUGCAAUACCAGACAAUAGAACACAUCGUAAAAGCUCUUCAGACAUGGAAUCUGAAUCAGAGAGCAAGGAGUCUAACUUAAAAGGCCUUUCCAAAGGUUCAGAAACCAAGAUUCAGGUGGGUUCUACAGACAAGGACCCAGAGAAUGUUCAGAGCCACAUUACUUCCCAGAUGAUUGAUUUGGCUAAGGAUAUUGAAAAGCAACUGGAUUUGAUGGAGUCAAAUCAAGACCCGUCCACUGAUGGGAGCAGUCUCUCCUCUCCCGAUACCAGCUUGCACCACAACGUUUCAGGCAGUGCUCAUGAUGUGGGGGUUCAAAAUGUCCCUUCUUCUGGGGCAGAUGAAAAGUCCAGCCAAGCAGACAAUAAUGUCAUGGUUCUUCAUCCCACCAAGUUCCUUGAGGAACGUUCCACCACAGCUCCCUCUAACCUCAAAUCUAUUACUUCAGCCUCCCACCAUCUGCUUAUCACCAAAGCACCUCAAGGCAAUUCUCAUAAUAACAAACCUGCCAAUGGUCAACAGACACCUAUUGAGAAAGACGUUAAAAAUGCUUUAAGUUCCUCUAGGGUUGGUUCUCGUCUGUCAGAAGAACAUACAACCACAAAAGCCCUCAAAACUCUUCAUCUUACUAAUAGCACAAAGAUUCCAGAUACUAAGUCUCUGUAUAAGACCAGAACCCCCGUACUGGCCACGCACUCUGCCCCUUCAAAAGUUUUCCCUGAAAGAAGAUCAAAGGCCACUACCCUCUUUCCUGAACCUGGAGUUCACACCAGUAAAACCCUCAUAGACAGAGUUACCUUAAAGUCCUCUGAUCUUGCCAACCCUGAAUCCAGUUUUGAGGAAGACCAUCCUGAUCUUACCCAGCACAAUGCCCAAAGUGACAGAGCCAGUAAGCUGGAUACUCACGGGGCUACUGACAACUUCUUCUUAGAGGAAAGAUAUGGCUUAGUGGCAGCGCUGCUCUUUGGAGUGGUGUUCCUACUGGUGGUAAUAGGCCUUGUAGGUCGCAAAGUCUCCCAAGUGCAACGCCGGUACCAGUACAACAAGGUAGACUAUCUCAUCAAUGGCAUGUAUGUGGAUACGUGAGGAAGUCGCUGGAAUGGAUGGAUGUGGUGCUUACACCUAAAAGACUGUUUUGUUGGCCAACAAAUUACUUAACCCCUACAGGAGGUUGGGCUCUCUGGAGGACAUGCAAUGGAUGGGAAUAUCACUAGUGGGGAGGGGCAGACAACCUGCCCGUUGAGGUAGAAUGUUGCCUCUGAAACCCACUUGACCCAUGUGUCAUAAAAUGGGACGUCUUUACUGCUUUGAUGAUAUGUGUCAAAUAGUGAGGCAGGGUUAUUAACGGUAUUGUGUAUUAAUGGAUUUACACACUGUCCUUAUUACUGUGGCUCUCACUCACUUGUUGAUAGAAGAUCACAGUUGUGAGGCUCCAAACCAAUAAAGAGGCCAAAAACUU